GUCGUUUCUGAAAUUCAAACUGAAGGUCAAGUAACAAAAAAAAACCAAGAUAUGCAUGAUAUCUAUAACUCUUAAUAUCAUGCUUGUAGAUAUUAUCAACUUUAGUUACAAUGAGUUUUGUUAUUGAUCAAUCAGUCUGUCGAACACAAAUAUUGCCAGCAUGUUGUUUAAUUCUAAUAUCCAUCUCCACAAUCUACACUAAUAUCUUAGAUAAAUGUAAUAUUGCACAAAGUCGUACAGCACGUUCCAUUUUAAAUGAGGAAAGAUUAUUUUCCCACUGUUUAAAUAUACUAAUGUCAUUAUGAUGGAACAAUGUCCUUUUCAUCCGAAACAUGAUAUUUAUGCUAUACAUGAACAAAUGAAAAAUAAAAUUUCUGAUUAUAAUUGGGAAUGUCAAAUGUGUGGUAAACAAUUUUACACAGAAAAUACAUUUGAUUUACAUAUUGGUAAUCGACAUAAAUUGAAUGCUUAUAGUACUAGUCGAACAAUCUGUUUAUCAUCUUAUUGUACAUUGCUACGUUGUUCUGUAUUAAAACCAGAAAUUGAUUAUAAUCAUCAAAUAUAUUGGGAUGAAGCAUUAUGUGAAUCGAAAUCAUUUGAAAUUGUUUUAAAACAAUGUGAGGAUAUCUUAAAUCAAUGUAUUCCAUCUGGAAAUGAUAGCAAUAGUAUACAACUACGUCAAUUACUUCAAACAACAUUAUGUGAUCAUUUAACUUGUGAUCGUUAUUGGAUUUUACCUGAUUCCUAUGUUAACACGUCUGUAUGGGAAAAAUUGCUUACAGCAUUCAUUUUAACAUCUGGCUUAUUAACUUAUUAUACUGUUAUAUUUAUGAGAUUAAGUUCAUCAUUCUGCCGUUUACGUAUCUCAACCCUGUCUAUUCCACGAAAUAAUAAAAAGCCAUCUCGAUCGUACUACUGAGAACAUGACUUGCUACUUCAUCAAAUAGUCAUACCUUUUCAAACAGAAUGAUUCACUUCAAUCAUCAAGUAGGAAUUGUAUUUUUUAAAAAUAAGAAAACUGUUAUCAUCAGAAAAAAAGAACUGUACAUUUUAUAAAAUAAAUUUCAUCUUU